AUGAGCUUCUCCUCUAGAUCUCUUCUUGUCAAUCCGAUUUCUUGUGUCCCGCUCUUGUUUGCUCUGACCCUUUCGUCUCAGCCGGCAUUGAACUUGGCAUCGCACAAGAGGUCGCGAUAUGCGCACAUGAGGUCCAAAGCCACGACAGUGAUGGCGGAGGCGUCGAGGAAGAAGGUUGUCAUCACUGGUGUCGGAGCCGUCAGUCCUGUCGGCGUUGGGGCAGACAAGUUUUUCAACGCGCUGGUUGAGGGCAAGAGCGGCAUCGUCAGACUCCCCAAGGCGUUUGAUGAGGAUUACAUGGACAGCAAGAUGGCAAAGACGCAAGGAAGAUUUGUUCAUUUCUCGAUGGCAGCAGCAAAAAUGGCAAUUGAUGACGCGAAGAUGGAUGUAACCAAGGUCGACAAGUCACGAUUCGGAUGUAUCAUUGGGUCUGGCACGGGAGGAGUCGAAUUCUUCGAGGAUAACGUCUCCUCCUCCCUCAUUCCUGCUCUCGUCUCCAACACCGCCUCCAAUGCUGUGGCAUGGGAAGUUGGCGCCAAGGGGCCAAGCUAUAGCGUCGUGUCAGCAUGUGCAACAGGGACUCAUGCUCUCGGAGACGCCCUGCACUUCUUGCAGAGCGGGAAGGUGGGGAGGGAGAAGAAGGAGGGGGAUGACUGCCUUUGCGGGCUUUGCUGCUCUCCGUGCCAUGACUACAAGCAUGCUCUUGCUCGAGGAGCUGAGAUCUACUGCGAAUUUGCCGGGUGA